AUGUCAUCUCCGGAGGAAAUUAGUGACCUCAAACGAGAGCGAGUCCACCCGCAGACACCUAGGCCAGAUGAGCAGACGAUGCUGCUGUCCAUUCUGGACGCAACGACGGCCAAUUUUGCCUUGACCAACGUCAUAUGGUUGUUCGAGAGACCGAAGGGAAUGGACGUAUCUGACGUCCCGGGCCAUCUCCGCCGGACCCUUAGCACUACGCUAAACUCUUACCCCCAGUGGUGCGGUCUCCUGCAGUCAAUCGACGUCAUUGACAAUGACCAAAUUCCCGAGGGCGCAAAGGGAUUCCCAGCCCAUGGCCGCCGAUUCGGAAGGGUGUAUACCCGGUUCGGAGGCUCUGCAGAGGUCGGCGUUGACUUUGCUACUGCCGCCAGUUCCCUCACCCUGGACUCACUUUAUUCCAGUGAGAGGACAAAGACUCAGCCGCUCUGGAAUUGCAAAGAUGAUGGGAUUGCACGCUUCAUCAACACAUGUGACAUUGCACAUGCUCUGCAGCCCAACGAUCCCGAUGCCAAGACUGGCAUCAGGAAACCCAUCAUGGGCAUCCAGUGCACAAUGCUUGCGUGUGGCGGAUUUGUUCUGGCCGCAAAGAUUGCACAUCCGCUGGCAGACAUUUCCGGUCUUGUCUACUUUGUCAGCGACUGGGCAAAGAUGAGCCAAGCUAUCGUGACUGGCUCUACACCACCCGUUCUCAGCCCCGUAUUUGAGCCGGCCAGGUUAGAUGAGGUAGCUGCUAGCGACAUCAAUAGCCAUCAGCCGGACCCUGCUAUCGUCAAGAAGACUCAAGCCUUGCCACUGCACAGAUACGACUGGUGGGCACCACCUGGCAAGCCGCCUGCACCGUUUCUCGACGAAGCGGACCUGUUAACCCCGUCGGGCCAGCCUAUGCCUUGGGAAGAAUGGGAUGUCAAAGCUCCUGUCUCAGGCUAUACCAUCCACCUCACCAAAGAGCAAGUUGAGUUCUUGUGGAAGGAUGCCACCACGGGAGCUGAGAAGGGGGGAUUCGUGAUCAGCAAGCAUGACGCUGUUUUAGCUCAUAUGUACUCGUGCAUCAUGCGAGCUCGUCGGCUUGAAAACGACGAGGGCCCCGUUCAUUGCGACCUGGUCCUCGGUCUUCGCUCUGCCUUGAAGUUGGGUGAAUCAUUUAUGGGGUCUCCAAUCAUUAUGAUCAACGUUGAGAUGCCGGGCACAGAGGCCUGUUUGACAGAAGAAGGAAAGCCCAUGGGACUGCUGGCACCUAUUGCCAAGAAGGUUAGGGAGACUAUUGUCACAACAAGCAAUCGGGAUAACUUGUCGGCACAUCUUCAUACCGUGGCCUUUGAGGGGUCUCCUCAAAGAUUAUGGCAGGCUUUCCUCGGUCAGCGACAUAUUCUGGUCACCACGUGGGCUCGCGCUGGUCUUUACGAUGUUGACUUUGGAUUGGGAUCGGACAUCCGAUACGCGGAUGGCCUUAUGCCGAACCUUGAUGGAGUCGUAUUUAUCAAAGAGGCACCGCCCUCAUCUGGAGGAUUCGUGUCGGCAUCUAGACCGUCUUGGACUUCUGACGGUGUUGAUAUAGGUAUUAACAUCAAGACAGAGGACAUGGAGAGACUGUUAAAGGAUCCGUUGCUACUUCCAAGUUGUUCAUAG